CGCAGGUGUCAGGAGACCCGCUGCCUGCCAUGGGCCGCAGAAGGGCCGCGCGGAGGCCGGGGGCCGAAGGCAGCCGCGCUCGGCACCCCGCGGGCCGCUCCCUGGAGGCCUUCGCCGAGGAGGUGGGCGCCGCGCUGCGCGCGUCCGUGGAACCAGAGGCGGCUGGGGACGGGGCCUCCUCGGGCCCGGCGCGGCUACCCUGCACGCUGGCCAUGUGGGAGCUGGGCCACUGUGACCCCCGGCGCUGUACCGGCCGCAAGCUGGCCCGCCUGGGUCUGGUGCGCUGCUUGCGCCUGGGCCACAGGUUCGGCGGCGUCGUGCUCAGCCCGGUGGGCUCCCAGUACGUGUCCCCCGCAGACAGACAGCUGGUGGCACAGAGUGGGGUCGCUGUGGUCGACUGCUCCUGGGCCCGCCUGGAUGAGACCCCGUUCGGGAAGAUGCGGGGGAGCCAGUUGCGGCUGCUGCCCCACCUAGUCGCCGCCAACCCUGUGAACUACGGCCGGCCCUGCAAGCUGUCCUGUGUGGAGGCUUUUGCCGCCACCUUCUGCAUCUUGGGCUUCUCGGACCUUGCUGUCAUUCUGCUGCGGAAGUUCAAGUGGGGCGAGAGCUUCCUAGACCUGAACCGCCAGCUCCUGGACAAGUAUGCAGCCUGCAGCAGCGCGGAGGAGGUGCUCCAGGCCGAGCAGGAGUUCCUGGCCCACGCCAAGGAGCGCCCCGAGGAGGAGGAAAUCGAUCCUUUUGACGUGGAUUCUGGGCUCGAGUUUGCAAACCCCAACAGGCCAGUGGCUGGCACCCGGCUGCUUGCAGACAGCGGUGACAGCGACAGCGAGGACGAGUCUGAGGGGCACGGCCCUGAUGCUGAGGACGAAGGAGACCACGGCAGCAGCAGCUGCCCUGAGGAGGACAGUCCUCUUGAGCAAGGGGCAAAGGCCAAGGCCCCCGCAGAGAUUUGGGAAGGAAUCAAGAAACGGCAGAGAGACUAAACACUGCACACACGUUUAUUUUCAUGGCGGAGCAAUGAGGACUGGAGACACAGCAGAACUUGUGGGGACACAGAUAGGCCUAGUAACCUCAGCCCUCACAGCACUGAGCAGCACCAGACUCUUGUCCCCAUGCAUGUGACAUGGCUGCGCUCUGGGGCUGUCCAGCCCUCCCAAUGAAGCUGCGGGCCAAGGAGA